UGGGGCGUCACCAGAGAUGAUUGAGAAGGCUCAUUGGAGGGCGAAAGAAGCAGAGGAAAGGGUGCGUAUUCUUGAAACUCUCGAGGCUGAUGUGCAUGACGUGAGACGUCUGGCGUCGAGCGUUCCACAUCUGGAGCUGCUGGUGACACGUAUCAAUGAAGAGCUGGCGAACAAGUCCGCCUUGUUGGAGGACGCGGAGCGGAAGCGGGAGGAUGUGGAGCAUCAGUUGAAGCGUGUGCAAGAUUUGAUGCGCACGGCGAUCGAUUUAAAUGCGGUCGCUUGUGAUGUCCGUGCACUCAGGCAACAACUUUCCCGCAGGGAAGCUGCCAUCAAGGAGCUACAGGCGGAAGUCGUGACCGCGGCUGGUGGUGGUGCUGGUGGCGGUGCUCGAACAUACGAAGAGGUUUCGGCGGAGUAUGAGAGUGCCAAUACGGAGCUUCAUCGUCUUAAUGUGAUGCUGAAUGAGGCACAGCGACGUGAAGAUGGUGAGUCCGACCAGGCGGCUGCCAGUGAGCUCAACGCGAGGCGGGCUGAGUACUACCAGUUGGAGAUGAAAUGGAUGCGGCAGGGUGAACUGGAGGAGGUACUUGCACGAUACAAGGGUGAGGAAAAUGGCUACAGGGAGCGCAUCGCCGCAAUCAACGCUGGGCAAGAGGGACUGCGAGAGGAGCUCCUGCGUCUACAAAGUCGUCUUGACACCCUUCAGCGGGCGCGUCAGGAUGCCGAAUGCGCCGCGCAGCAAGGCCGAAUUGGGAAAAUAGAGGAAUCGGCGCGAAUGUUGGUAGGGAUUCUGCCCAAGAUGCGCGAUUACUUUGCUUCUAAGCAUGGGGAACAAUUGUUCAGAGCACGGGAACAAAUGCAAUUGGCAGAGGCAUCGCGCCUGAGAGCCGUGGAUGAGGUAAGACAGCUGCGUGAGGCGAUCCAGGAGUCACGACGUGUGGUGGAUGAACAGCACCGUCAGGCGGUAGAGGUGGGGAAGCACAUCGAGGCCUUUAAGAGGCGUCAAUCGAUUGGUGAGGAUCAGGCACGACUGCAGGAGGUGGAGCGCUCUCUUACCGAAAUGAAGAGCCGGGAGAUUCGUGGAGUUGCGGCAAUAUUGGGGGCAGAUGUCAUUGCGGGUGAGACGGUUUCACGCAUCCGGGAGCUCAUCCGCGAAAAGGUGAGCGAGUUGGAGCGGUCCCGUGCGCAGCAGGAGGGAAAUGUGGAGGCAAUGAUGCAAGACAUCGCAAACCUCCGGAGUCAACUGGCCCGUGAGAAGUACCACGACAUCGAGAAACGAUACCGAUCCACCUUUUUAAAGGUCCAAACAACCGAAAUUGCCGUUGCGGAUAUUGAAAAGUACUACAGGGCAUUGGAGAAGGCAGUGCAGUCUUACCAUCAGGAGAAGAUUGCACAGAUCAAUCAGAUUUUGGCGGACCUUUGGCGACAGACGUACAAGGGAAGUGACAUUGACACCGUGGAACUUCGUUCCGAGGAUGAUGUGACGUCGACAACGGCGCGUCGUAGUUAUAGCUACCGCGUUGUGAUGAAACGAGGGAACAGCGAGAUGGACAUGCGUGGCCGGUGCAGCGCUGGCCAAAAGGUGUUAGCAUCCGUGCUUAUUCGUCUUGCACUUAGUGAGGCGUUCUGCUGUGACUGCGGCAUCCUUGCGCUUGAUGAACCGACGACAAACCUGGACGAGGACAACGCCCGGUCGCUUGCAGAGUCUCUCCGUUUGCUUAUUGAAAACCACCGCGCCGUGAAACAUUUUCAGUUGAUUGUCAUCACACACGAUGAGCAGUUUGUGAGGGCACUCGGCGGACAGGCACUGGACACGUUCUACUACAUUCACAAGGACAGGGACGGCGCUUUUUCAGUCAUCGAGGAGCGCACCUUUGAUCAGUUGUUCGCAGCAUGA